CCCGCACCCCCAGCGCCAACAACCCCCCCACCACCCGCAAAAUGGCCACCACCACAAUCUCCGUCGAAGAAGCCAAGCGCGCCGCCGCCAUCCGCGCCGUAGAAGACCACUUCGACCCCAGCGCGCGCUACGUGGGCAUCGGGUCGGGCACGACGAUCGUGUACGUCGUCGAGGCCAUCAAGCAGCGCAGCACCAACACCAGCAUCCAGUUCGUGCCCACCGGGUACCAGUCGCGCCAGGUGAUUGUGCAAGCCGGCCUCGUGCCCAUCGCCUUCGACUCGCUGCCCGAGGGCGAGGUGCUCGACGUUGCGUUCGACGGUGCCGACGAGGUCGACGACGAACUCAACUGCAUCAAGGGCGGCGGCGCGUGUCUGUUCCAGGAGAAGCUGGUCGCCGAGCGCGCCAAGAAGUUCGUCUGCGUCGCCGAUUACCGCAAAGCGCAAUCCCGCCUCCUCACAAACUGGCCCACCAUCCCCAUCGAAGUCGCCCCCCUAGCCGUCCACACCGUCUCCCGCGCCCUCAAAGUCCUCGGCUCCCCCGCGCCCAUCAUCCGCUCCCACACGUUGGCGAAAACCGGCCCCGUGAAAACCGACCAAGACUUCUUCAUCAUCGACGCGCCUUUCCCCCCCCUUCUCACACCCGCAGACGUUAGUGCCGCAUCCGUCGAGGCUGCGACGGCUGCUGGCGACAAUGUCAGCGGCGCGGCCGUCGCGACUGUCGUCGGUGCGGGCCAGAACGGCGUGUGGGAGGUUGAGCGCCUCAGCAGGGAGAUCAAGCGUAUUACGGGUGUGCUGGAGGUCGGUAUUUUCUGCGGCGAUGAUGGCGUUAGGGCGAGGGCGCGUGGCGCCAUGGGCGGCCAGAAGCCCGUGGCUUGCUAUUUCGGGAUGCAGGAUGGGAGCGUGUUGGUGAGGCAUGCGAAGACGAAGGCGGUGUAGUUGCGUAAGGAAGGUGGAGUUGGGUUGUGUGCGUGUGUAUGAUUGAAAAUAUUUAGCUAUUGUAGACGGGUUCUGAUGGACUUUUGCUGUGUUUACUACACCGGUUAUACUCCUAGCGGUUUGGCUGUUCAGUAGUUCCUGACUGUAGGAUUAGCCUUGCCGUUAUAGUGAGAAACGCCGUAAACAAGCCAAGCUAUGUGCAACACCAUGCAAACUCCAGCUGUAUAUAC